UUUGCUUUCCUCUUCAUCAUCAAUGACCUUGCCAUUGAGUUGUAAACAAGGCAAAAGCGAAAUGAACGUUUCAUUUCAAGUUACAUGACUUUGAGUAUUGCCCUGUAAUCAUUUCCAAUGUUUACCAACAUAUUGUUUCGCUCCAUGUUAUUAUCAUCAAAUAACAGUUUCUUUUUUUCCGUGAAUUUCCACUAAUCAUGAGUUCCAUUUCAACCUGGACCAAAUUGCCUUUCCAUAUCAAUUGACUAGCAACUAAAGAGAGACAAGUUUGUAUAAUUGGAAAAAUGAGAAAAUUUUUCCAUUUUUUUCCGGCAAAAGUUCAUCAAUAACGUCGUCAACGCAUUGUCAAGUGUUUUCACCUUUUUCCUUUUCAUCUUUCCUUUUCAAAAUGAUGAUAAUUGAGGAAAUGGAUGAAACAAAGGCAAAGGAAUUGUAAGAGAGAAGAAGAACAAAAAAAAUGAGCAAAAUUUUUUUCUACAUUCAUUGAAUAUUCAUCAGGAUCAACCGAACAAGAAAAAACAACCUCAACAUAUCUAUUAACAACUUUUUUGCUUUCCUUUCCUAUUCUCCAAUCAACCUUGUAAUCACAAUCAUAAUCAUUGAUUAAUCUCUUUUUUCCCUCACAAACCAAUAUAAUAUUUACCUUCAUCCAAACAUCUUGCCUGAUUUUAUUCCCAUGGUGAUGCUAUAAGAGGUGAAGAGAAGAGAAAAAAGAAGAGGGAAAAAAAGGUAAAUUGAAUGUUAACAAGUUGUGCUUAAUCUGGUUUACCUUUUCAAAGUUGUGGUUGGAUUGUGAUUCACACCUUUUCCAACCUCUAACCCUUAACUGGAUCAACCAAAGGAUUCAAGUGUCGCAUCAUGUGAAUCAGUGUUUUUGUGUUUUCUAUGUUCAUGUUUGUGAUGAGAAUAUUUCUCUAAGUGAUUCAAAUGGACAACAAUUUUUUUCCAUUCAACUUGCGGGUUUCAAUGAAAAUAUUUUACUUUAAAAACUGACGAUUUGAAGGAAACCUGAAAUUGGAAUAAAUUUUUUCGAUUAAAUGAUAAAAUUUUGUCGAGAUUAAAGUUGUGAUGAAAAGGGUUUAAAAAAAGUACCAAAUGGCGAAUCAAAGGCGAGAUUAAAGAUGAUGGAUUAGAUAAUAAUGAUAAUGGUAUUGGUAUCAAAUGAAUUGGUGUUUAAGGUUAACAGUUUCUCAUUAUGUGGCCAAAUUGUGUCAAUAUUAGGAGAUAAAUUUAGCCAAGAAUGGAUAAAGUUGGGCGAGAAGAGGAAGAUGAACAAGAGGGAGAAAAAAAUAGAGUCUCGGUGAGAUUAAAUAAUAAUGAAAGGGAAAAGCAAUUGAAGAAGGAAUCAUCAUCAUUAUCUGUGGAAACAUCAAAAUCAUUAUUUUCUCCACUCAGUUCCGCCUCUACAUUAGGAGAGUCAAGCUUACUGGUUGAACCAAGCAUGGGUCGUAAAAAUUGUAAACCAGAAGAGGUAACCUGUUUAACCCAAAACCAGGCUACAAGUUCACAGGCAAGCGAAGAUGUUGCAAGUGAAAAAAGUGAUAAAGUUUCAUUCCAAUCCUCAUCUUGUUCAUCACCAUCAACCUCGACUAAACCAGUAAACCCAUGUUUUCCUCAUCAUCCUCAUCACUAUCAUCAUCAUCGUCAUUAUCCUAAUCGAGGUUCACCUUUAACCAAGUCUGGUUAUUGGUUGGACAACAACAACAACAUGGUUUAUGGUAAAGCUGAAAGUGUUGCCGAGUCCAUCAAGCGAACCAGUUUGGAAGAAAAUUUGGCCAAAAAUUUAAAUGUUUAUUCGAACAAGGGUGAAAUGAACAUUUCACUUUCCACUCGAAGGUUGAAUGAAAAUCCAAAUCCUUUGGGUUUACCUGAUGGCAAUAGGUUGUACAGUUCAAAAGAUAAAACGAGAAAUGAUGGGAAAAGUGAUUUCAAUGUUUUAACCAAUCCUUUACCAAAGGCAACAUCAACUGCAACAACAAUGAUACAUUCAUCUGGAUCAAGUUCAUUGACACCAAGUCAUUCUCAUUCAAAAUAUCAUCAUUAUUGUUGUUGCUCUUCCUCAUCAUCAUCAUCAUCUCCUUCUUCCUCUCAUCGUACGCAUCUGCCUUCACCUCGAAAGAGUAAAAAGAUUUCAUCACGAAAUUGGCUUCAUCGAUCCUCAAGUGACCCAACAAUGGCUUCAUCAGCCACUUAUUCAACUCACACUUCAGCUCUCCUACUAACAACUGGAGCCUACUCCGGAUCACCAAAUAUACUUUCAUCAAAAACAAUAACAUUAUCAUCAUCAUCUUCUUCAACACCAACAACAACAACAGCAAAAACAAAAGCUUCAUUAUGUUGUUCAUCAGUUAAACCAAAGCCAGUAAACAAGUCACCAUUGCACUUAUCUCUUGUAGAGCCAUCAUCUUCCUCGUCACCUUCACCAACCUCACUUAACCUGGUGCCUUCAACUUCACCCAUUCCAUCAACACCAACUUGCCUCACGGAAACUCGUCAUUUAACCUCGUCACCAGCAGACUCUUUACCAAACCAUAUUGACCGACAACCGGAUAACCCAUCAAACCAACCACAACCAACCACAACAUCAACUUUAACAAAACCGUUGACAUCAAAAAAUUCAACUUCACCUUCAACCUCACCUCAACCAGUCACUUGUUCCUCAUCGACAGCAGCCUCAUCAGCAUCACAGUUCUUCUCUUCUCAAAUGUCCAACACUAAAAGAUGUGUUCUUCGUCUAGAUGGGUAUUCUUAUCUAAUCGUUGCCAAUCCACCUGAAACAAAGGUAACCAAAGAUGCUCAUCACGAACAAAAUCGACCUCAAGAAACGACCAUUGUUGCUCGUCGUACUGUGCAAAAGACAACCUCAGACCAAUGGACUCUAAAGGAUACUGAACGUGCAACAGAUAAAAUUGGUGAUUCUUUAAGUUUGAAGGAAACUUCUAUGGAUACUUUACCACCGGUUGAUACAGUUGAAGCUUGUGAUAAAGCCGCUUCAAGAUUAAGAGAGUUGGCUCAGCACUUGGAUCAUGGUGAAGUACCCAUAUCAAUACUUAAAAAGACUCUUCAAUAUGCUGCCUGUGUUCUCGAUACUGUUACCAUGGAUGAAACAAGGAAAUGGCGUCCAGGAUUGGUUAGGAAAAAGGGACUUGGAGCUCGAGCUCCAACUGAUCCAACACCUUCAUUAACCAAAUCCCUUUCCGUUUGCGGAUCUGGAACAGAAGAGGCAUCAACAAUGUUGACAACAUCAUCAGCAUCAAUUUCCUCUUCCAUUGUACAGAGCUCAGAUAAGCUACGGAAUUUAUCAAGCAAAACCAUUCCAACCAGCUCAAUAUCAAGAAAACUUUUGGAUGAAGAAGAUGAUUUAUCUGAAGUACAACCUGAUGCAGUUCCAAACGAGGUUAGAGAAUGGUUGGCCUCAACCUUUACACGCAAUAAUACCGCUCAAAAACGUCGAUCUGAAGAGAAGCCCAAAUUUCGUUCAGUUGCAAAUGCAAUACGAGCCGGUAUCAUGGUUGACAGAUUAUAUCGUCGACUGUGCUGUUCAAAUAUGGUUCAAAUUCCACCUAAAAUUGCCGAUAAACUAAAGAGUAUCGAUAAUUGGUCCUACGAGUGUUUCAAGCUAAACGAAGCUUCAAACAAUCAAGUUCUCAAAUAUAUAAGCUAUGAGCUUCUCAAUCGUUAUGGUUUAGUCCAUAAAUUCAAGAUUCCACUUGAAACACUGGAAAGUUGUUUAAACCAAUUUGAACAAGGUUAUACAAAAUUUAAAAAUCCAUAUCACAAUAAUAUUCAUGCAGCUGAUGUAACCCAAACCGUCCAUUACAUGUUAUCAAAAAUGGGAUUAGUUAAUUGGUUAACUGAUCUCGAAAUAUUUGCAACUCUACUGGCUGCGAUAAUUCACGACUUUCAGCAUACAGGAACAACUAAUAAUUUCCAUGUUAUGUCUGAGUCUGAAACUGCGCUGUUAUAUAAUGAUAGAGCAGUUCUAGAAAAUUUUCACGUUUCUGCUGCUUUUCGUAUUUUGAAGGAAUCUGAUUGUAAUAUACUUGUAAAUUUAAAUAAAGAAGAGUACAGGGAAUUACGUACUUUAGUUAUUGAUAUGGUUUUAGCAACUGACAUGUCUUCACAUUUUCAACAAAUUAAAACAAUGAAAAGUCUUUUAACCAAUUCCAAUGAAUUUACUGUCGAUAAAUCAAAGGCUCUCUCCUUGGUUUUACAUUGUUGUGACAUAAGCCAUCCAAGUAAACAAUGGGAUAUUCAUCGAAAAUGGACUGAACUUUUAUUGGAAGAAUUUUUCCGUCAGGGCGAUAAAGAGAGAGAACUUGGUUUGCCUUAUUCACCUUUAUGCGAUCGUAAUACAACCCUGGUUGCUGAAUCACAAAUAGGUUUCAUUGAUUUUAUUGUUGCACCGAGUUUGGAGGUUUGUGGUGACCUUUUGGAUAAAAUAUAUCAACAGAUGGAAGGAUGUAGACAUUCAUCUGGAAGUUCAGAGGAAAGUUUAGAGGAAAGACUGCCAGAUAGCGCAUCUCGACCUAAAUCUUUGUCUACUUAUAAGAAUAAGCGAAGCGGUUUGUCAAUUGAUUCAGCUGAUGCAUCUCUCAACUCAAGGCCUGUUGCCAGUGCACCGGCUUCACCACGUUUCUCACACUGUUCAUCAUUUGGUAACUGCAAAAUUGAAGGUGGACGAUUAAAACGUCCUUGGGCUGAAAACUUAGAUGAUAAUCGUAAAAGGUGGCAAGAAAGGGCGGCAAUCGAUGCAAUUCAAAGGGAACGCAAUGCUAGAAAACAAGCAACGGAUGGAAUCAGUUUAUCCAUGAGCCCGGAAUCGGAAUUGUGAAUCCAUUUUAAUCGACUUUUGGAGAAUUUUGCAAAUUUACUCAAUUCGCUAAAUAUACUAAAAUCGACAAGAAAACUCAUCUUUGAACUUCACCACUUUACAUGGACAUUAUAUCAAGAGAGCAACAAAAUGACCGAAAAUUAGAGUUUUUUGAAUUUCAAAACUUGAAACUUACGACCAAUGAGACAAUAUAAAGAUAUAACGUCAACAAUAACUAAAAACUGUGCAAUUUUGUUUACCGUAAAAAGCCUCACAAGAUUAACUUCAAGCAACAUUUAAAAUCAACUUUAACCCUUUAAUUUGUAAAAGAAGAGACCAAAUUAAAUUAGUUUGUUUCAACUAAUUAAAAGUAAUCUAAAAAUUAAAAGCUUUAAUCCAGCAAAAUUACUAUUUAUUUGCUUUAUAAGCAAAGUUGAUAUUGUAAUAAUAAUAAUGGUUCGAAUGACAAUAACGAUAAUAAUUCAUAAUAAAAGUUGAUUUUUUUCAAGUUAA